AUGUAUGUAAUCGCAAUCACUUCCAGUGCCAUUGGGCCGAAAAUUCCCGGACAACAGCCCAAAAGCUUUAGCCGGCUACGGAAAGCAGUGGGCAUCUUCGGGGCUCUCCCGAGGUGCUACGGCAAUACUAGUCGACACCUGAUUUGUGAUUUAAUUCUGAACCUGACUCUGAAACGUCUCUUUGGUCAGAAACACGAACUAGUGUCUUCCCAAUUCCCCUCUCCUCUCCUCUAA